AUGCCCCGCGCUGGGCAGGGAGGGCCCGCGGGCACAGCGCCCUUUCCUGCUGCCCCCGGCCCGUGCUGCCGAGCCCUGCUGCUGCUGGCCGUGUGUGCCUGUGCCGCUGCUGUCCCCUACGGCCUGGCCGCUCUGGCUGCUGUCACCUGGGCUCCCCCGGGCUCAGCAGCCUCCCAGCCAGCGGCGGGGACAGCCCCCGCUGUGUGCCACCCCCGCGGCCUGCCCUUGCCCGCCCAGCCUGUGCACGUGCUGCCCCUGCAGUUCCGGCUGCUGGGCAUCGCCUACGCCCCGGGCCUGGGCAGCAGGAAUUCCCUGAGCUACCGGCGGCUGGAGGGAGAUGUGACACUCGUGCUCAACCAGAUGCUGUCCAGCUAUGAGAGCUUCCUGCGGGCGAAGGUCCUCGAGUUCAUGAAAGGCUCCGUGGUGGUGAGAGGGGAGGUUCUGUUCCGGGGGGAUGCUCCUGCUCCCACCAACUCCCACCUGAUCCGCACCGUGGUCACCGAGGCGAGCAAGGGGAGGAGCACCUUCAGCUGGCAGCUGGAGCCCCAGUCCGUGCAGUCUGCUGGCUUCAGCGUGGAGAACCUGGACCCAGAGAAGCUGUCCAUCUCCCUCACUGGCUCCCAGCUUGGGGUGGACAGGACGGACCUGCUGGAGAAGCUGGUCCAAGAGAUUACUGCAUCUGUCAGUGGCCUCUACAACGUGAGGAACUUCACCAUCUCCCAGCUCAGGAACCUGGGUGGGUACACGGAGAUCACUGGAGACCUCUACCUAGACACAGUUGUCCAUGCUGACGUUGAGGAGGUUCUGGAAGCCCUGACUGCACUCUCAGACCUCUCCAAGGACCUGAGCUCCAUCUCGGUGGAGGGGUCCAAGCUGGGUCUGCUUGUGUACCCUCUGUCCUUUGUCGUCACCAACAGACCCUUCAGCCAGAAGCUUCGGGAUCCUCUCUCUGAAGAGCACCACAAUCUCUCCAGGGAACUUGGUGAUGUGGUGGCCAGAGCCCUGAGGGAUUACCCAUCCUUCCUGACAGCCAUCAUCAAGGAAUUCCUGCCUGGCUCCUUGCUCUGCCAUGGGAACAUGAUCUUCCAGCACCCUGCUCCAACCAGCAUGGAGGUGCUGAAGACCCUCGUGCACUCGGUGGGGCCAGACCAGGCUCUGGCUGGCUCUGACAUCCACGUGGAUCCAUUCUCUCUGGCUGUGGGAGAGGACACCCUGGAUCCUCCCAGGCCCCAGCCAGGAUUCCCAGCCUAUGGAGUGGCCUUGGUGGUCAUCGGUGGCCUCUGCAUCAUCGCUGCGCCUGUCGUGCUCGUGUGCCUGGGCACCAGGAGGCUGGGCUGGCAGGCUGGAGAAGCCCUCUGGGACAGGAGAGACCCUGAAGUGGGGGUGCAGACGUUGGAAAUGGAUAACCAGGGCUUCUGGACAGAGGACUCUGAUGAUGGUCACUUUGAGUGGCAAAGCACUUCUGCCUGAGGAGAGAAGCAGAAUCUGCAGCUGGGGGGAGCCUGGAGAGGGGCUGUGUGU